GUAAACUGUUGGGAGUCUCCUCUCAUGCCCACCGUAUCUCCAAGAGUUGCAUUUGCCGUCAUUCUGGUCGCAAACUGCAUCGUCUGGUCACAGAGCAACUACGGCCAUGUCCAGGAUCCAGGUCGCUCGCUACUUCGCCGUGGUAAUGUACUUAAGCGAGGCUUGGAUGGUUUGCAGGGCGCAACUAUCGGCGAAAAAGAGUGUCGACCCAUAGCCUUCCCAUUCGACGAACAGUGCUCUCACAUCUCACGCACUUGUCCCGCCUCGGACACUUUCCUUUCCAUCUCUUACCUUCAAUCAUAUUUCUGCUCAUCUACAACCGCUCGGCCAUUUGUCUUUGCCGGCCUCCUCGUAUGGCUUACCUUCCUCUUUUCUACUCUUGGGAUCAGUGCUUCCGAUUUCUUCUGUCCCAACCUCGCGACUCUCGCCCGACUGCUAGGCUUGGAUGAAAACGUCGCUGGUGUCACAUUCCUGGCAUUUGGGAACGGCAGCCCCGACGUAUUUUCCACAUUUUCAGCCAUGCGGCAAAAUUCAGGUAGUUUAGCGAUCGGGGAGCUGCUUGGUGCAGCGUCAUUCAUCGUUUCUGUUGUCAUCGGGUCUAUGUGCAUCAUUAAACCGUUUCGUGUCAAUCGCGCGCCGUUCCUGAGGGAUGCAGGAUUCUUUAUGACUGCGGUGACCCUCUUCCUUGUCAUCUUGUGGGACGGCUCGAUACGAGCUUGGGAGGCCGGGAUCCUUGUUGCGUUAUACGUGGUCUAUGCGGUCGUCGUCGUCGUGGGCAGCUGGUGGGAACGACGAAUGAUGAGGAUCCGGUAUAGGGACGAGCUGAUCCGAAACGAAUACGCGGAGGACGAGAUGCCUCCCUCACCUUUUCUCGACGACGAGCCUUACAGAGACGAGCCCAUUCCCAUCCCAUCCAAUCCUUCAUCACUGACUCUACCUAGCUACACCAGGGCACGUGCGUCCUCUCACCCAGGACCUCCCCGGUUAGACGUACAAACGGAAUUGCCUCCACGCGCUCGUUCACGGACACCCUCGCCUUCCCCUCGUCUUAACGCAAUGCCUUCAUUCUCUUUCGUUGGCGCGCUCGAGUUCCGGCAAGUGGUCACGUCGCUACAAAGCCAAGCUGCUACUCGUUCGUUGAGCAUUUUCGAGUCUCCUCUCACACCAUAUCCCGGAGGACACUAUCAUCACCAUCGAAAUUCGUGGUCGCGACCUCAUACGCCUGCGGGGGGAGAUGAGAACGUCGACCCCUGGGACGCUUCACUCGGAGUGCCUCUCAAUGAUCGAUCCCCACAACUGAUCGUCACAAAUCCUCUUCCUGACGAUUUGUCUGGACCUGGUCAACUUACACCUUUGAUCGAAUUUGAAGACGACACGGCCCCAAUUCCGACCAUCUCUCGCACCCCGGCGUCGCCAAUCUCUGACGCAGACUCUUCCAGCGUUACUCCAACCCCAGUGCCGCCUACAAAGAGGCAGCGUCUGCUUCACGUCCUCGGGCACGCGUAUCACACAUUGUUCCCUACGCUGCAGGACUUCCGCUCAAAGACUGUCCUUCGGAAAGUUGCCGCCGUUUUUGCGGCUCCCGCCGUGUUUGCGCUCACUAUCACACUUCCCGUGAUUGUCACUCCAUAUAACAGUACACACGCCCAACACGAAAAGAUGUCCGCAGUGGAAGGAAGAGAUGAGCAGUUGGUUGCGUUCGAGGAGGAGAGCGCAGGAGUGGACAGGGCCUUGCUCGCAGAAGACGAGGUCGAAGAGGAGAUGCAUGAGCUGCAGUUCAACAAGUGGCUGAUGGCCGCGCAAUGCGCCCUCGGCCCACUUUUUUGUGUCGCUGUCCUGUUCAAGAACACGAAGCGGGAAGGAUGGCUGCUUCUCGGCACAGCUAUAGCAGGGCUUUGUGCCGGUGUAUUGGUUGCUGUUUUCGCGAAGAGAGGCGACCAUCCAUCUUCAAGAAUGGCGAGAUGCUCGAUGGGAUUUUUGGUCUCCAUGGUGUGGAUCAUGGCCAUUGCUGAUGAGGUAGUGAAUGUUCUUCAGACGUUUGGAUUCAUCUUCGGCUUGUCCGACGCGAUAAUCGGCCUCACGAUUUUCGCAGUCGGCAAUUCACUUGCAGAUCUUGUCGCAAAUAUGAGCGUAGCCGUCUUUGCUCCUAUCAUGGGCUUCUCUGCAUGCUUUGGCGGGCCAAUGCUCAACAUGCUUCUCGGGGUAGGGAUAUCCGGCUCAUAUAUCAUACACCAGACAGGCCAACCCUACGAGCUGCACUUCUCCACGACGCUACUCGUCAGCACGAUUGGUCUCAUGACACUCCUCCUUGCCACCAUCAUAUUUGUGCCAUUGAAUGGCUACUUCAUCACGAGGGCAUGGGGAUUUUUCCUUAUAAUUUGCUAUGUGGUGAUCAUGACAGUGAACCUUAUCGUUGAGGUUAUUGGGGCGGAGUAGGCCGCUACUGUUUUGCCACGGUAUGUGAUCGCAGAAUAUUAUCGCUACAAUUUACCAUGGUGUACAUGACGGACUUUUCUUGCCCUUCGGACGUCGAGAACGUGAACUGUAACAGUAGCAGCGCUAUUUAUUUG